GCGGUACUGCUGGAGUUGAACGGUCGUGAAGUGUAUAAAGUGAUUACUUGUGAUGUGAUGCGUGACACUGUGCGUGAGUGAAUGCGUUGGACGCUGUUGCUGACGCUGGUGGCGGUGGCCCCGGCGGCCGCACAGACGGCCCAUAAUAUUCAUCGUCGAGAAACUCUUCCAUCCGAUAUCGACAACUAUAGUGAUGACCGCCCCUGUACAGCAUGCCGCGUGCGUGAAGAUCUCAAGCACGCUAGCCUAGAGUAUAUAAAAGCCUAUGUGCUGCACAAUUUGGGUUUCGAGCGACCCCCCAAUAUCACGCAAAUACCCCGUGUGCCUGACUCUAUCUAUGCCAGCUUCUACAACGUCACGGCUCGCCACGCACUCACGCACGACGAGGAUAUGCUGGCAGAUGAACCGUCAGAAAUCCGCGAGUUGGAACCGAUGCCUGAGCGAUUUUACAUCCUUGCCGAAUAUAAAAAAAUGCGACAUGGACGAAGACAAGUGGAUAUCCUGUAUUUUCCAACAUCGCCACUAACUCACACCGUUAUUUACCGUGCUACUCUGACAUUGUUUGUACGUGGGAUAGAGUGGAUUGCACGCCAAGAAGGUCGAGACAUUGCUAGUCUAUUGCACCGACCAAAUAUAACCAUAUUCGUUCAUCGAAUAGUGCGGAGUGUAAUGCAGCCCGAUGCAAUACAUUCACGCGUUGAUACAGAGAUAACAAUACCUCUGGAUGCUGGACUUGGAGAAAAUGUUGUCAUUGACGUUACACCUCUUGUAAUGGACUGGUACUCAAAUAUCCAAAGUAAUAAUGGACUGUUUAUGCGCACACGAGAGAUAUGGAUGAAGCAAUUGCUUCAACUUGAUGAUCCUGAUGGAGCUAAUGCGCCUUUUCUAGAGAUUGAGACACGCGAUCGACGUCAUCGCCGACCUAAACGCUCUACUUCGCUCACUUGUCGUGAAAACGAGAACGAAACUCGGUGCUGCCGAUAUCCUCUGGUAGUGGAUUUUGAUAAGUUUGGAUGGGACUGGGUAAUUGCUCCAAAACAAUAUGAAGCCAACUACUGUUCUGGAGAAUGCAGUAUAAAUUUUCUCACGCGAUAUGGGCACACACAUGUGAUGCAGUUGGCCAGCAGUGCUCAGGCAUGCUGUUCACCUCGAAAGAUGGCGCCAUUGACGCUUUUGUACUUCAAUCCGCAAGAACAGAUCGUCCACACCACACUUCAGAACAUGAUUGUACAGAUGUGUAGUUGUUCCUGACUUACUUAAGAGACACACAUUCAGAUCUCUCCUUU